GAUAAGGGGCGCCCGAGAGGUGGGGGGGGUUCUUGAGUGGCCUAGGGGUUAGGGCAUUGGCCUGGGGAUGCCCAGGUAUGUGGGUUUGAGCCCCGCCCACCUAGGGUGCAUCCUGAGGGCCAGCACCAGCUGCCCCAUUAGGAAGGCUGGACAAGGGGCACCCUGGAGGAAGGGAGGUGGGGUUGGUUCUUGAGUGGCCUGGGGUUAGAGCAUUGGCCCGGGGACCCCAGGUUUGUGGGUUCAAGACCUGCCCACCUGGGGUGCAUCCUGAGGGCCAGCACCAGCUGUUGAACACAUGGAGGUCUGUUCUGGCAUAGAGCUGGGACUCAGGGCCAGACCCACCUUGCCAUGGAGCUGAGCUUCUGGGGUGUGCGCCCCCAGCAGCCGGCUGCACGGGGAGGUGUUGUCCCCCGCGGGCACCAGAUGCCAGCCAGCCUUGCCCUUCCUGCUGCCCAGGAACCGGCCUCGACGCCAGGCGUGCGCUGCAAGUGAUCCGGCCCCAGAGCCCCUGCACUGCUCCCCGCCGCCAUGGGCAACAUCUUUGGGACCCUGCUGAAGAGCCUGAUUGGCAAGAAGGAGAUGCGUAUCCUGAUGGUGGGGCUGGAUGCGGCCGGGAAGACCACCAUCCUCUACAAGCUGAAGCUGGGCGAGAUCGUCACCACCAUCCACACCACAGGGUUCAACGUGGAGACAGUCGAGUACAAGAAUAUCAGCUUCACCGUGUGGGACGUGGGCGGCCAGGACAAGAUCCGGCCCCUGUGGCGGCACUACUUCCAGAACACCCAGGGUACAUCGGGCAGACACCCCGCCCCCGACUCCCUGUCUUCAGAAUCCAGCAUGGAGGGGGGUGGGGUGGGGGGGGGGGACCUGCCCAACGCCAUGAACGCAGCGGAGAUCACGGACAAGCUGGGCCUGCACUCCCUCCGUCACCGCAACUGGUACAUCCAGGCCACCUGUGCCACCAGCGGCGACGGGCUCUACGAAGGCCUGGACUGGCUGGCCAACCAGCUGAAGAACAAGAAGUGA